AUGGCUGGCAGGUAUUGGCUUAACGGAUUUUUAAGGCGAAAACCUAUAAUAAGACAAAGAAAAGCACAAGGUAUGAACCCAGCUCGUGCCCAACAACUGAAUAGAUUGGAACUGGUAAAUGACCAUUUCACAAAAUUGAAAGAAAUACUUUUAGAAAUGGAUUUCAUAGAUUGCCCAGAGAGAAUUUUUAACGUUGAUGAAAAAGGUUGCAAGCUAAGGUUACACCAUCAGCAAAGUGUUCUAGCAAAAAAAGGGGCGAAACGUGUACACCUGGUAGCACCAGAGCAUGGGGAAGACGUUAUAGUUGUCUGCUGUGGCAAUGCCUCUGGUAUUUUCAUUCCACCGGCAAUUUUGUUUAAAGGGAAAAGACUGAAACCAGAAUGGAAGGACACAUUACCACCAGGAUCACUGGUCCUUAUGACGCCUAAAGGUAGCAUGAACAUUACCACAUUUUGCAGCUGGAUCGAGCAUUUAGCUAAAUAUGAGCCCGCAGGAAAAUGUCUUUUGAUUUUUGAUGGUGCCAAAUGCCAUCUGGACCAUACGAUCAUCGAUGUAGCCGAAAGACAUGAUAUUGUGCUCUAUUGCUUACCAUGCAACACGACGCAUGAAUUGCAGCCGAUGGAUAAAUCCGUAUUUCGUUCUUUUGAAUACCAUUGGGACGAUCAGGUGCUCCAGUAUUGGUCAAGACACAAAGAUCGUAAUAUCACAAAGAUGCGAUUCGGUGAAAUUUUUAGUGUUGUGUGGGAUAAAAGCGUACCACCGGCAAAUAUAAAAGCAGGCUUCGCCGCAACCG